UCCGGCAGCCAAUAGAAGCGCCGCUUCGUCCCCCUCCUCGCCAAUCGGGGCGCGGUUUAUUGGCGGCUGCGAGGAGCGCUCGCUGUGCGCGCCCGCUGGCUGAGGUGCUGGGUGCCUGGCGCGGGGCAGCGCGUCCCCUCCUCCCGCGCUUUGUUGGUGCCUCGGCGGGCGGCGGCGAUGCCCGAGUUCCUGGCGGACCCCUCGGUCCUGACGAAGGAGAAGCUGAAGAGCGAGCUGAUCGCCAACAAUGUGAGCCUGCCGGGCGGCGAGCAGCGCAAGGACGUCUACGUGCAGCUCUACCUGCAGCACCUCACCGCCCGCAACCCGCCCGCCGCCGCGCAGCCCGACUUCUCCAGCGACGAGGAGCGGGAGCCCACCCCAAUCGGCGCUCGGGGCCGCGGGGCCUCCGUCGGACGGAAAGCCACAAAGAAAACUGAUAAACUCAGGGCAGAGGAAAAGGAUGACUUAGAUGUAACAGAGCUCAGUAAUGAAGAUCUUCAAGAGCAACUAAUGAAGUAUGGAAUAAAUCCUGGCCCAAUUGUAGCUACUACAAGGAAACUUUACGAGAAAAAGCUGUUGAAACUGAUGGAGCAAGGUCCAGAACUGAAGACACCUAUGCCUCUCCCAGUGAUUUCUUCAACUACUGAGAACACCAGACAGAAUGGAAAUAAUGAUUCUGACCAGUACAGUGACAAUGAAGAAGAUCUGAAGACUGAGCUGAGGCUUGAGAAGAGAGAACCACUGAAAGGCAGGAUGAAGACUCCAGUAGCACUCAAACAAAGAAGAGUCGUUGAACACAACCAGACAUAUUCUCAAGACGGAGUUACUGAGACUGUCUGGACAAGUGGAUCUUCAAAAAGUGGACCUCUUCAGGCAUUUUCUAGGGAGUCUACAAGAGUGUCAAGAAGAACACCAAGGAAAAGGGUGGAAGCUACAGCGCAGUUGCCUGUAGAUGAUGCUGUUAUAUCAGAGAGUACUCCCAUAGCUGAAACUAUAUUGACUGCAAGCAACGAGACCCUAGUUGGCAAUAGGGUGCCUGGAAAUUUCAAGCAUGCAGCUCCUACAUUGUCAAUCAGUGAACCCUCAGACAUGCCCAGAAGAACACCAAAGAAACCACUGAUGACAGCUGAACAAAAAGAGACAACUGGCCUGCACCAAUGCUUGUUUAAUCAUGUUGGCCGCAAACAUUCCUAUGAUGUACUCAACACAGCCAUGAUAGAGGAAACUGAGGAGAGCAGUGAAUGCUUUAAGACACGAAAAGUGAACAGACAGCUGCCAAUAAUGAAGGUGCCGGAGAGAACUCAUACAGAAGAACGAAGAGUAGAAAGGGAUAUUCUUAAGGAAAUGUUCCCUUAUGAAGUAUCAACACCUACAGGAAUUAGUGCUAGCUGCCGUAGACCAAUCAAAGGAGCUGCUAGCCGGCCUAUAGAGCACACUGACUUCAAAAUGGAUGAAAGUUUAUUUAAGUACGCUCCAAAAUAUAGUACCUCAAGUGACAUCAAGUCUGAGAAACCUUCAACAAAAAAAGAACGCUCCAUUCCCCUGUGGAUAAAAAUUCUUCUCUUUGUUCUCGUUUCAAUCUUCUUGUUUUCAGUUUAUCAGUCUAUGGAAACUAAUCAAGGAAAUCCUUUCGCUAAAUAUGCGAGUAUGUUCUCUCAGGACAGUGCCAAAUGAGUAUCUUUCUGAAAGGCACACCCAAUUUGAUCUCCUAUUUUUAAUUGUAGAGAACUCUCCUGCCCUCUCAUCGGCUCAAGGACUACUUAUAAAUAAUGUGAUUGGAACCUGACAAAUUGGAUAAAUGGAGCAAACUAAUACUAAAUGGACACCGGUAACUUUCUGGACUUUGGACUAGUAGGAGAUCACUUUGCCAUAGGAGUAACAUUUUUUUUAGGUCUUUGAACUUUUGUAGGCUUUAUUUUUUUAAUGUGGACAUCCUUUAAAUUCAUUUUUGAGAAACUGUAUAUUUGUUUUUGCAGAAACUCGGAAGCUGAGAAGGGCAAAAAUGUACUAAAAUGUGAAGCAGUGUUUUUAAAGCUUUUCCAUUGUACAGAAAAGAAGUUGUACUUUUUGUCUUGGUAGAUCUUGAUAGAUUAUGAAGGGAGGAAGAUUUGUAACACAGGUGAAUAAAGGAGAUGCAUUUUCUUAUGCAUUUUUCAGUAACAAAUUAACUGAAUUUGAUCCCUUAGGAUAUAGGGAGAGUACAACAAACUUUUCUGUAGGUUACUGUAACUUUUUAGUAAAUGUAACUGUAAACUUGUUUGCAUUUCUGUAAACGUCGUAGUAUCAUAUUAGUAACUGUUUAAGUGUAACAUUUAAAUGUAUCACUUCAUUUCAGUGCUUACAGUGUUGUAGGAGUUCAGUAUAAAUUCAAUUGGCAACAGAUGUCUUAGAAGAACUUAUUUAUUAGUAAUAUGCGUGGAAAAUAAAAAUUGCAUCAAAUAUAAUUUGCUACUAAAUACUUUUUUGGGGGUAAAAGUUGUUAUCUGAGGUAGUCUAAAUUCCAACUUUUAGCAGUGGUCUUUUUUCUUAACGUAAGGUCCUUCCAACACAGCUUUGUGAUUAUCUUUAAAUAUUCAUGUAGAGAGGUAUUCUCAAAGUGUGAAAAUUCCAUAUGAAGUUUUAUUCUUAUAUGAAGAGGGCAUUGCUGCAUUUUCUUCUACAAUUUCAUCUUCUGAGGUGAGAUUUACUACAUUCAUGCAGUUGAGUAUUUUUCUCAGUGGAAGCAUGCAAAAACACUCAAUAUUGUAUAACUUAGUUGAGCAGGCAGCUGACUUCACUACUACCAAUGAGAAGUGAUAAGCAACAACUUUAAAGUGAAUGUAUACAUUUUGAUGUGCUUAAAUCUGCAGCAUUCAGAUGUUCAGUCUCAUUGCUUCAUACAAAAAUGCAAUAAAAUCAUACUUAUUCUUGAAGUGCUACUUAUGAAAACUGAGAACUUUAGUUAAUGGUCUAUUUUUACUAUAGGUACAAUUAUUGUGUAGACUAGCUAUGGGAGAACAUUACUUUCUGUGACCUUUGGGACAAAGAUGGUAAUUUGUAGCAAAGCUAUAGGUUUCUUCUGUUAAGAUUAAUGUUUUUUUCUUUAAUCUGCUUUCUGAGUAAUACAAUAGCUAAACUUGUGUCCAUCCUAUAGAAAAUUGUAACAUAUGACAUUCACUUUUUGGUGUCAAAAUGCAGAAAAAUAAAAACAAUUUUAAUGUGUGUGGGUUUUCCUUACCAAAAUAAAUGCAUUGUUGGAAAAAAAAAAAAGCAAAAGAAAGA